CUUCAACGUUUGCCUCUAGUUUUGUAAAGUAUUCAAGGCCUGCAUAUAUUGUUUUAUAGGACAUAUUUAUCUAUGUGUACUGAGCAAUAGGACAUAUUUAUCUAUGUGUACUGAGGAAUAGGACAUAUUUAUCUAUGUGUACUGAGGAAUAGGACAUAUUUAUCUAUGUGUACUGAGGAAUAGGACAUAUUUAUCUAUGUGUACUGAUGUAUAUAUGAAUUGACAACCUUGCUAUAUAAGUAGACGUAGUUGAAGUGUUCUAACAUGUUUGUUGUUGUUGUUGCUCAGUCACGAGAUAGGUACCAUUGUACUUAUGUUGAACACUUAUUUCAACUUGAAUUACCAUGUCAGUGACUGUGUUGUGUACAUAGCCGACCUUGAGUUCUGUCGUAAUAACGUCACUAUCCACUGAACACCUUGGAGAGCAUCCCAGGUCACCCCUCUCUCUUUUGCUUCUGCUACAGUCAGUCCCUGUAAUUAAUUCCCUUGAGCUAUUUGAAAAGAGCGUGGUUCGGUUGGACUGUGACGGAAGGACUUGAAAGAGAAAUAAGAGAGGGCGAGAACCAAAUCAACCUGUCCGAGUGACGUGAACGAUUUUUGUCAUGUCAGCUCGGGCGAUGUCUUCAUUGGAUGUUCAACUUGCGUUGAAACACAUUCGGAGACUUAUCUUACGGUCCAGAUGUUGGUCACUUCAGUCAUGUUUGACUUGUGACUUAAGGAGAUGUGCUAGUGUGACAGUUUAGAAUCAAACCGAUGUUGACUAAAGAAAGCCAUUUGUGCCAGUUCCGUGACUGCAUGGAGAGUGUCUGGAACGCUAAUUCAUUUUGUGUGUUCCCAUCAAAUGAUCAACUGUAGAAUUUUGUGGUUUUUGUCUUUUUCUCAAAGGCCCGCCUCUUUCCUGCUCUAUGCAUGGCAGCUGUUGAAUGGACUCUUCAUGACGUCAUUGUUGUCUCUUUCCUGAUUGGUUAUUGGAUUUAUGUUUCUUCUUGCUACAUGUCUUUUAAAAAAAAAAAGGCAGUUGUGAAUCGAUAGGACACAAAAUCAAUUGAAGGGAACUGGUAAAGGAUGUCAGGAAAUAUCUCAGCGGUGUAUGUGUGUGGGACAUUCAAAAGCUAGAUACAUUCAAAUGUUGGAUAUUAUUUAGAAAUCACUAAAUAUUUGACUGUGUCACCACUAACAAUGUUUGAAGAGAACCUAUGGACUGUGUUAUGCACAACUCUCUCUCUUUCACUGUGUCCACGUUGAACUGUGCUAUAGCACAUUGCUCUUGAUACACACUCAUACAGUUGUUGAGUGGCAUCGCAAGCUUUUCAAAGUGGCCGCUGCCUGUUAACAAUGUCCUCCUUAGUGCCAAACCACUGUGCCAUCUCUCGAAUGGAAACGUGAAUGUGUCAGACAUGUCUUUCAAACGUACACGACGUAGUCUGCCAUGUCUGCCCACGACCUUGACCAACCCGUCCAGUGUUCCGGCUGAGUUUAAACACGAUGAUCGGGACAGGAUAUCUCCUGUGCCAGCCGGGGUUUUCUUCACGGACCAAGGACGUAUUUCUCCUGUCUCGGGUAGGCGAUCUGCUUCGCCGAUAUCUCCAGUGCCGGGCCGUCGGUCAACUUCGCCUGUUAAAAGCCCGCGCCAGGGGUCACCUGUUGGAUGCGCUGGGCGGAUCUCGCAGUCCCUUAAACAUCAACCCUCUGGAUUAGGUGGCCUAGCUGGUAGGACUAAACUUUGCCGAAUGUCUAGCACAGCGUCGAGUAGUCUUGGCAACACACUUUCGCAACACGAGCAACUCAAGCGUCACCAUUCUUCUGGGUGUGCAUACGGUGCAUCCGUGUCUUCCAGUAGCAUAAACGCCUUACUGGGCAGCGAAAGCAGCAUCAAGCAUCAGAACAGUUGCCCGAGUAAUUUAGCUCAGCUGGAGCGCCCGCAGCAUCUUCACAAUCAGAGACUUCAGCUUCAAGCCACUGCUGGUGAUCACUUGGACUGUAAAAAACAUUGGCGAAGUAGAUUUUCUAGCGGCAGUGGUAGCGCCCAGUCGUCGAGCGGCAGUGCCCAACAUUCCAUUGACACGGACGAUACUGACACGGAGGUCAAUUCGGAUUCUUCCAGUCGGUCAAAGAUCUAUGUUCGAGGUGCAGGCCUGGUACAUCAGGGCAGUAUACCGUGUUGUCAUUCCAGUAAGUGUUCACAUUCAGACAGUCAAGAAGAUUCUGUUCAUUCCAAUGAGGUGCCAUCAAGCCCUUGUAGAGCAAAAUGUAAACUCGUUCGACAGGUCAGUCUUACUAGCAGCAUGACCCCAGGGACAUGCAGUCCCAAUCAGUUGAGUCCUUCUUCUCCUCAGGGAAGCCUCCGUGUGGAGACCCCGUCGCCGACUUCCCUGAGAUCUUUCGAUUCUAUUCCUUCGCCUUUGGGAAGUCUAGGGGGCGCCAGUUUGAGCCCUAGCAAAAGUCCACACCCUCCGCUUCAGAGAAAUGAGUCAAUGAUCUAUGAAGAGGAUGUCCCUGUGAUCGUUAGGCGUAGAGGGUGUAUGCUGAGAGUAAGGAUUACAUCUUUUGUGGAUUUGGAUAAUGCCGAUGGUGACGCUCCUGGAGAUACAGUGCCGCCCAUACCAUCCGAGUUUCACAUCGCUGGACCGAGCUCUCCGCUACCAUCGCCGCUGUUACGAAAGUGCCGGGAUGAGCUUCCAUUCGGCGGCGGAUCGCCCGGAGGCCUCAGACGAUUGCAGCGGACUCUAUCCGAGGACACGAAGCAGAGGCGACGAGAAAGUAUGCCGUCCACUCCAACAGCGCCACACCCUCCGCCCACCCUGAUCCACCAUGUUGAACCUAGCAACCUCCUCCGCAUGAAGAAUACGGUCCUCGGCCAGUCAGCGCCUUCACUCAUCAAUAGUCUGAAGGACAUGAACGUGACCAGAAGAAACAGUCGAAACUAUGGUGGCCGUAAGUCAGUGGUGGCCAUGACCUCGACCUCUCCAACACUACCUCCUAGAUGCCCCUCCCCACAGAUCAACCCGUCUGGGUCGCCACACGAAAGUCCCAGAAACUUGUCUCCAAACCAACAUGGGCAUUUUGCUUUCCAGGCCAUCAGAAAAUGUGAUGGGAGAAGAUGGUCCUGCGCUUCUAUUCCAUCCUCAGGCUACGGAACCAACACGCCAGGGAGUUCCAAUGUCUCGCUGUACCCACAAUCUCACCCACAGUCACGCUACUCAUCCCAGGAGCGUCUACACCAGUUUCCCUCCCAGCCCACUGCUGAAGAGCUGCAUUUCCUGUCCAGCCAUUUUGGCAGUUCGGAGAACAUUUCUCAUGAUGACCAGGACCUUCACCCUCAUACAAAUAUGAGGCCACGGUCCAGAAGUCUAAGCCUUUCGUGGCUUGCUUUAGACAGUCCAGCUCGUUCCCCUGGUGUAGAAUCUGAGAUUAUUAUGAUGAACAGUGUCUAUAAGGAACGAUUUCCUAAGGCUACCAUAGAAAUGGAAGAUAAGCUGAAGACCUUCAUAGAAAACAAUGCCACCUUGGACUUGGCUCAAGAAUCUGAUGCAGUCUUGUGUUUCCUGCACUACCAGGUGCUAGAGCUUGCAAGAGAUUGCCUCAAUAAAUCUAGCGAGAAGAUGGUCACCAAAGCUUACUUCUAUGAGCUGCAAGACAAUCUGGAGAGACUGGUGCAAGAUGCAAGAGAACGUUCACUGGAAGCUUACAAGAAUCUCUAUCCCCUGGUGAAACAGUUGCUAUUGAUUAUCUCACGUCCACUCAGAUUACUGGAAUGUUUGGAAUUUGAUCCUGAAGAAUUCUACAUGCUUCUGGAAGUAGCUGAAGGUCAUGCCAGACAGGUGAUCAAAGAAGACAUUCCUCAGUACAUUAUUUCCAAGUUGGGUCUCACAGGAGAUCCUUUAGCAGGAUUACAUCCAUCAGAUCAUUAUGACAGCCCAGACCAUCAGACUGAAGAAAAUGAAGGAGACAAGGAAGAGGAGGGGGAGACAGAGGAACAUGAGGUUGCUGCACUAACCAAAGUUAAACAGCCUUGUGAGGAAGAUUAUGAAACCAUUAAAUUGAUCAGCAAUGGAGCCUAUGCAGCUGUGUAUUUGGUGAGGCAUAAGGAAACCAGACAAAGGUUCGCCAUGAAGAAAAUCUGCAAGCAAAAUUUGGUGCUGAGGAAUCAAAUUGAGCAAGUGUUCUUGGAGCGUGACAUCCUGUCCUUCACAGACAACCCCUUUGUUGUGUCCAUGUAUUGUAGCUUUGAGACUAAGAAACACUUGUGCAUGGUUAUGGAGUAUGUGGAAGGUGGAGACUGUGCCACACUGUUAAAAAAUGUUGGUUGCUUGGCCCUAGACUUAGCCAGAAUGUACUUUGCUGAGACUGUUCUGGCCUUGGAGUAUCUACACAGUUACGGAGUUGUCCACAGAGACUUGAAACCUGACAAUUUACUGAUCACUGCACUUGGUCAUGUGAAACUGACUGACUUUGGUCUUUCCAAAAUUGGACUUAUGAGUUUGACAACAAACUUGUAUGAGGAUGCCCUGGACAAGGACUGCAAGCAAUUCCGAGACAAGCAAGUAUUUGGUACACCAGAGUAUAUUGCACCUGAGGUUAUCUUAAGGUCAGGUUAUGGCAAACCUGUUGACUGGUGGUCAAUGGGGAUCAUUUUAUAUGAAUUUCUGGUGGGCUGUGUCCCAUUCUUUGGUGACACACCAGAGGAGCUUUUCUCACAAGUCAUUAAUGAAAAUAUUCAGUGGCCUGAUGAAGAUGACUGGCAGGUCAGAGAUGAUGCUAAAGACUUGAUCAAGGGUCUUCUCCAACAUGACCCACUACAGCGACUUGGGACGGGUGGGGCGCAAGAGGUGAAAGAGCAUGUCUUCUUUACUGGCUUGAAUUGGGAAAACUUACUCAGGCAGAAGGCAGAAUUUGUUCCUCAGCUUGAUGGGGAGGAUGACACAAGUUACUUUGAUAGCCGUAUUGACCGCUACAAUCAUGAAUUGGACACUGAAGACACAGAAGAUGAUGGUGAAGACCUCCUGUUUCACAGCUUCUCCUCCUGCUCACCUCGCUACUCCAGAGUGUACAACAGAGGCUUGGAGCCAUUGAUUAAUGAUGUAAACAUGGCCUUCCUCAGUCCUUACACUAACAUACCUCCACAGGAGCUAAGAGAGCGCAGAAGACAUUCAAGUGCUGAUGACUUUAGGGCACGUGUGCUUGAGAAGAGGGCACUAGAGCGCAAAGACUCAAAUCAUUCAGAAGGUUCUGAAGGUUCUCUGGAGAUGCUUAGAAGAAAGGACAGCAUUCUGUCAGACACAACAGACAGUUUAAACAGUGGGCAGAGAGAGGAUGAAAGUUUCAGUGGGCACGAAAGACGUCCCAGUGACAAUACAAGCAUUUCUGACUCUUCCCAGACUGACAGCGACUCAUGUAACUCACCUCAGUUCAACAGAGCUAACAAAAUGUUAAGUAGUAAAAAUGUCAUUCCUAAGUUUGCCAUCUCCUCAGAAGAGGACAAACCACCCAGUCCUAAAGAACUGUCUCCAGUGGAUGAAGGGAAAGAAGGAAGUAAAGAUAAAGUGGAGCACAAGACGAAAGGGGAGACAAGCAAAUUACCAAUGCAGAAGUCUGUUUCAGCCAAUGCUCUUACUUUACUCAUCACACCUACUUCAGAUGAAUUCAAAACACCAAAAGCUGCCUCACCUGGUGGCUCAAGCACAAGCUCUAGAGAUGGUUCUCCUAACCGUGACAAUUCCCCACUCACUCGAAGCCUAAAGCCACCCAUCAUACUUAAGAAAGGAGCGCGUGGAUUUGGCUUCAGUUUCCGUUCCAUCAGAGUCUACAUUGGAGAGUCUGAUGUGUAUACUUUACAACAUAUUGUCACAGAGGUUGAACCAAACAGUCCCAGUUUUGAAGCUGGUCUUCGCGAUGGGGAUCUAAUCACACAUAUCAAUGACGAAAGUGUCCAAAGUCUCCUUCACACUCAAGUAGUUCAUCUUUUAAGUUCAGGAAAUAUUGUUAACAUUCGAGCUAUACCAUUAGAGAAAACCACUAUUAAAGAAGGAUCACGUCGCAAGGGGAACCCUGGUAAAAUGGCCAAACGCAGUCAGAAGAAGCGUCAGACAAAGGACAAAGUCCAGGACAAAAAGAAAGGUCGGAAUCUGCUUCGCAGAUUGAGCACUAAGAAAUCUGACCCUCCCUCAUUUCCCCACAGUCCACACUUGCCACCUGGACGACAGCAGUUUACUCCUCUAAAUCGGUCAAGUUCGUCUGGGGAUACAGUGCCCCCUUUACACCACAACAAGCUUGGUCGCUCCCCUCCUAUUUCAGUACCUUGGUCACCUGACUCAUCCCAAGCUGGUUCCUCAACAUCAAGUUCCCCUAGCACCAGUGCACCCAAUUCACCUGCUACACAAGCUGCUGCAGCUGUGGCUGCCCAUUUUGGUCGCCCAAGUUCAUUGCAUGUUGUCAAGCAUAAGAAAACAGCCAGUCUCAAGUCACCUCACAGACGUAAAUCUGUCCACAGUUUUCCUCUGUCCCCCUUAGCCCGCACGCCAUCACCAUCUGCUACAGCUCAGUCACCAGCCAGAAGUCCGUCUCCUCUGGCCCUACUUCACAGUCACCAGGUGGGAAGCUCCAACAUGCCGCAGCAAACCAUCCCCUCACAGCUCAACACCCACAGCUCUCUUCAUCACUCUGCCUCUGUACCAUCCUGUAAAAAAGCCCUUCACACCCCUUCCCCUAUCAAACCUGUUCUCCAGACCACAUCUCCACAGAACCUGCUUGGAAGACCCAAGAGCUGUGAGCCUGGAUCACCAAAGAGGAGGACAUCUUCACCUGAGCGGCUUCACCCCAGCUCAGCCAAUCAGAGACUGGCUAGUGGUGGUGCAAACCUGGACAAGCUCCCUCCUCCUCACAGGAAAGUGUCUCUCCAAGAGAGACUCCUGUCAGAGUCCCAUUCUGACCCUACAUGAGAAAGUGCUUUGACUUGCUUCUGAAUGAAUCAGUCAGUAUGAGCUGAGUACUUGUUCUAUCAAGUCAUCAACCUAUUGUUACUGUUGCAGCUUAUUCUGGACUCCAUUUGUAUCAAUCAGACUGGACCUUUCUUUACAUCUGGAAACACAAGCUGCUGACACGGAGGAUUCAGUUUUGUGAUCUUGCUCAAGCAUAGGGUGUUUGGCCAGGAUUUUGUAGGCAAUGUGCCUCAUUCUGUGAUAGAACUAUUUAGCUCCCGUGUUAUUUCUGAUGUUGUCUAUCUGUCGUGAUUGUCUGUAUUACACCAAACCACUGUGUACAUCAGAAACCAGCAAAAAAUAAAAUCAAUAUUGAAAUGAAACUUGCUCUCAUUUUGCUUUCAUCAUCCAUCUUUUAUUCAAGUGUUGUCUCCCUUCAGUAGCUGUGUUUCUUAACAUUUUUUGGGAGGGGGUUUGGGAGGAAAUUGAUAACCUUUGCAAAAAGUAUUAUGAUUCUCAAGUCAGUUUUGUUAGUCCCAUAUGGGAUAUGUAAAGAUUUAAGAUGCUUCUAUUCUAAUUGUAUUUUGUAGUGACGUCCUUUUGUUUUGCUUCUUUACAUUUUCAUUGGUGCUUAUUGUUUGUCAUGGUAGACGUUCCUGAUGUUAUUGAGUUGAACUCAACACGAACAAUUUACUUUUGACCUGUGCAGAGAUUACAAUUUACACCUGUAAACAAAGAUUGUAAAUACAUUUUAUAUUUAGACAUGUUUACAGUAAAUGGCAAUAUAGAAAACUUCAAAUACAACACAAAUAUAUUUUGUCUUGUUCUCAAAUCAGUUGUUUCAAAUAUCCAAAUUGUUUUCUUUGUUCUUUAAAAGCUUGAAUCAUUGUGACUUUUUGUGAGUCCCUUCAGUGGAAUCAUUUAUCCUAUUUUUUUAAAGCUUGGCAAAAAAAAUUAUAUACAUUUUAUGAACAGUCACACUUUCAAUAAAGUUAAAAUUAAGUCAUAGAAACUAUAACAUCUUUUAUUUAUCAUGUAAGGUACUAUAAUAGUACUUACUAAAGAAACUAUUUUUGUGUGCCAGGUAAUGAUACUUUUGAAGUAAAAGUGUGCCAGGUAUGACCAUUUAACCACCAGUGUUAUUCAACUACAGCACUAAGUGUGACUGCGCAAUCUUGAACAAUUGUUAGAUUCAUUCAAACAAAGCAGCAUUGUCUCGGGUUUCAAGAAUAAACUGCAAUAGAAUCCAUCAUUUGCUCAUUAUUUUUAUUUGUAUAUUUGAUAUUUUUAUUCCAUAUUCCUGUUUGCAAUUUCUAUUGAAUUUUUUUAAUUCAUAUUUUUAAAUUAAACAUUAAGUUUCAAAUAAGAGAAUAGUUUACAAAGUUAGCUCAACAAAAAUUUCCCUCAGCUGACACCAAUACUGACUGAAGUUUGAAGUACAAAUGUUUUUUCAUUUGCUCAAAAUGUUUGCACUAAAUGGGAUUUUAUUGUAGCACACUUGAUUGCCAUACAGUUUGACCUUCUUAAUAAAUGUUUCAUCAUAAAAAAAUAAAAUGAAGAAACUUUGAAAUGUUCAUUUAGUUGUGGGGAUAGACUUUAAGUUGUAGAAAUUGUUUCAAUUCUUUUAUUUUGUAGUCAUUUGUUAAAUGCAGAUUAGUUUGUUUUUUUAAUUAGAAGUGGCAAAAUUGGCUGUAUUUGUAUUUAUAAUGGCUGUACAAAGAUAUAUGCCUCAGUGUUUUAAUAUGGUCUAAUGUUAAAUUGAUUUUCAAACUCUGGUGUCUUUCAUCAUCUAGUUCAUAUCUUUUAGUGUGUCAGGGAGUUUGAUGAGGUAGCUCUUAAUUUACCUUUGACACUUACUCACUGUGUCCAUCACUUUGUUAUGUAGUGCUGCCUGUGGAGAGUUUAGUCAAACAUUAUGCUAUUAACAUUUAUAAUUAAUGUUAUAAAUAUAGUUUUGUGUUUUUUGGUCAGUCAUUUUGCAUAAACUAAAGAAUAGUCUGUACAAAGAUAACAGUCAAACACAUGCAGACUAAUUUCCCCCUUUUGUGACAAAUAUUUGUAACUGUAAAUAAAAGUAUGUAAGUGUUGAAUAAAAAUCCCAAAUAAUUUGAUAACAAAAUAAAGUUGUUUUUUUUUAUGAUUGUUUCAAGAGAUAUCGAAUUGUUUUCUCAAGACAUGCAGAUUAUGAGUUAUACAAUUAAUGGACAGAGUUAAUUGUGUUUUAAUGGUUUCUUUCUAACAAGACACAGUAUUCAUUUGGUAGGCAAUGCUACAAGUUGUAUGAGGAUGAUACAUGAAAUGGGAUUGAAGUAACCAACUGAUUUUCAGCUAGGAUCAUAUAAUAUGGAGAAAAAAAAAGGAAUUUCUGUAAUUUUAAAUUAAAUUUUUCUAUAUUGGAUUGUUUAUUAGCAUUGAAUUUUUUUCUAGAAAGAUCUAUUUUUUCUUUUCCAUUUUCUCACAAACUUAAGCUAAAACUAAAUUUCAUCUUAAAUUAAUAGGUUUUAGAUUUGUUUUCAAUAAUUUACAAAUAAUUCAAAUAGCUUCAUGUCAGUAUUGUACAUCAAUAUCCUUUUUUCUCAAUACAAGUUUGUAUCAUUCAAUGAGCCACCAUCACAAUUGAAAAUAUUUUUACAUUUGUGUCCUAUUUGGUAACUUAUUUUUAAAUUUUGUACAGUGGAGUAUAUAUGUUAAACUAUGAUACCAUUUUGAUUGUUAUACAUUGUUGUAAAGAACAGAUUAUUGCAACUGGUCAGUUUUAUUUUAAACAUUAUGCUAGAAAGAGAAGGCCAGUACUCUCAGUCAUAUCACAGCUAAAAAAAUCUUGUUUCUUUAUAUAUUGAUCCACAGAACAUAUUCUAAGUAAUAGUUAUGUAGCACUAAUCUCUUGAGUUUCUAUGAAGUUGACAUACACUUGUACAGAUGAUGUGAAUUGAUCAACACAAAAUACAAACCAUAACCCACACUUGUAUAGAUAAUGCUAAUUGAUCAAGUCUGAACAACUUUGCUUUCCUAGUAGCUUUGUUUUCUUCAGUUCUCAAAUAACUUUCUUCUCAUACCUAUAAAAAAAAAACUGACUGACUGAUGUAAGUCUGGGCUGAUCUUUUCAAAUCAUAAUGCUACUGUUACCUUUUAAAAAAAAAAUUGCACUAAAAUUUUUUUUAUGAGACUCACUUUUGGGUGUCCUUUAAUUGACAUAAUGCCUUUAAAUAAUUAGUUGUUUCCUACACUUACAGGAGUUAUAUUCUUAAAAUAAAUUGUGUCAUUUAUUUCUCUAGUUUUAGAACAGAAGUAGGGUAGGCCAGAAUCAGCUAGAUUUAGAAAAACCAGUCUUUAAAGUAGGAUUUAAAUCUUGAAUUAACAUGAGUUAGCAUGAUCAAAAUCAUUGUUUCAUUGAAUUGUAAUUUCUAAGAAUUAUAUUUUAAAAAAUGAAAUAAAAAUUCAUGUUCUUGGGCAAUGGCAAAAUCCAUCUCAGGCUGAGAACAUUUGUUGUCAAUGUUUUGUACAUAAUGUUUUAUAAUGAUCACACUGUAUGUUUGUACUUUGCCAUGUUCACUGACCUGUAUCAUCUUUUGAUAGUAAGUUCAGAAGAGUUAAAGUUUGCAACAGUAGAUCUAGAGAAGUGUUUCAUUGUUUCUCUUCAUUCCUUUGAUCAAUAAGUUGUCAACGUUAGUCUUGGGAACAUUAAGGAAAUGGUCUAACAAAAUUAACAUAAGUUGCAAUCAAAUGUUAUAAUCAAAGACAACUAGUGGAUUCAUCUCAACAAUUUAUACAGCUGCAGUUUCUUACUCUUGAGGAGGAAUUUAUUUUCUUGUGUGUUCAGCAACAUUUUAAUUGUAUCAACAUUUCUAUCAUAGAUUAUAUGUAGGCAGUGAAGUAUAUAUACCUCAACAAAAUAUUACAGUUAUAGUUAGUGCUGAGCCUAUUUUGAUAACAGCCAUUCAGUUUAGUCUUUUAGUUAGUAGUCCUUAGCAGUUAUAAUACUUUGCAUUAUCCCUCAACCAUUUCAAGUCAGACCAAGUGACUGUAUGGGAUUAACAUUAUCACAACUUCACUCUAUUUGAACCAGCCACGCAAAACCUGGCUAAAUAGAAUUUUAAAACUGAUUACUGUAUGGCUUUAAAAAAAAAAUAUUUAUUACUAUCUGGUGUUAUAGUAUUAAAUCUGUGAUGUCACCAUGCUAGUAAAGUCAUCAUGCUUCAUUGAAUUGGUUCAGCAGUUCUUUUGGUUCUAGUUCUGUGCUGCUUUGUCUUUCUAAUAAACAAACAUAUUCCUGGAAGUUUCAAACCCAGCCAGUCAAAUAAACUGAUGUCAUCUGAA